AUGUCAGCCCCAAACACCACACAACCUGUUGCGCAGCCUACGACCGCCGAAUUCAAUGGCAUCGGCAAUGGUCCACAAAUCCAGCGAACCACGCCGAUCCUCGAUGUCAUCUGCGGCCCACUCUUGAACUUCAAGCGCAUGAGCAACGAGCAGUCGCAAGACCCACAAUGGCAUGGCAGUGUGCUCAUCGUUCUGCCGCCUGGCAGUAACCCGGAGCCAUUGACAUUGACAUGCUUGGGACCAUGCGGCGAAGCUGCCUCAACGACGCACAACAAUGGCUAUUCUGUUCCGUCGCAGGGCAGCUCAUUCCCAGCGGUGAAGUUAUACGAAGAUCCAAAGAAAGGCUUUUGGCGCUACAACAUCGAUCUCCCAUUUCAAGAGUAUGAGUCGGGUUGGGAAUACAGCAUCCCUCAUCUGGAGACGGACACCAAUAAAGCUCUGCGCUUCGUAGUCCCCUCGAAGCACGAGAGCAUGCGAAUCAUGUUCCAUUCAUGCAACGGGUUUAGUGUUGGUACGGACGAGGAGUCAUGGCAAGGCCCUGCGCUUUGGAAUGAUGUCUUGCGCGUUCAUAAAGAAGCGCCAUUCCAUGUCAUGAUUGGUGGAGGAGAUCAGAUCUAUAACGACAACGUUCGUGUCGACGGACCCUUGCGGCCGUGGACUGAUAUUGGCAAUCCCAAAAAGCGCCGCGCGUUCCCGUUCGGAAACGAGAUGCGCGCUGAAUGUGACGAGUUCUACUUUCAGAACUAUGUCAAGUGGUAUGGCUGUCAACCAUUCGCGUCAGCUAACGGUCAAAUCGCUCAGCUCAAUAUUUGGGACGAUCACGACAUCAUCGACGGGUUCGGCUCCUACACUGAUCACUUUAUGAAGUGCGCGGUAUUUCGCGGUAUUGGUGGCGUAGCACACAAGUACUACCUCCUUUUCCAACAUCACAUUGCGCCACCGCCAUCAACCUUCACUACCGAUGCGCCACAAACUACACGCGUGACCGGGGAGACGACCGCUGUCGACGAGACCCAGGUGAAGGACACUUGGGUGCUGAGUCGCGAAGACGAAGAUCCCAGCUUCAUCAUUGGCCAGAAGCCAGGUCCUUACGUCGAGGAACGAAGCCGUAGCCUGUACUGUCAACUCGGAAAGCGGAUCGCCUUUCUCGGAAUUGAUGCUCGUACCGAGCGAACAAGACAUCAAGUCAAUUACCCUGAGACGUAUGACUUGAUCUUCAAACGCACGAGCGAAGAGCUCGCGAGAUCUAACGGCACAAUCAAACACUUGCUGUUGUUGCUGGGUGUUCCUAUCGCAUACCCUCGGUUGCAAUGGCUCGAGAACAUCUUCCAGAGCCCGCUCAUUGGACCCGUCAAGUUCUUGAACAAACGUUUUGGGUUCGCUGGUAGCUUGUUCAACAAAUUCGACGGAAAGGUCGACUUGCUUGACGAUUUGGACGAUCACUACACCGCUCGCCAACACAAGCACGAGCGCAGGGAGCUCAUCCAGCGUCUGCAAAAUCUCGCCAAACAGUACAAUGUUCGUGUCACCAUCCUGGGAGGUGAUGUCCACUUGGCAGCCGUCGGCCGAUUCUACAGCAAGCCCAACCUGCACAUUCCCGCCGAGCACGAUUGGCGCUACAUGGCCAACAUCAUCAGCUCUGCCAUCACCAACAAGCCACCGCCGGCCGCAGUCGCAAACCUUCUCGCGCGACGAAACAAAAUCCACCACCUUGACCACGAGACCGACGAGACCCUUCUUGAGCUCUUCGACAAGAACCCCGGCGAGGCACUCGAAGGCGUCAAGCCCAAGACUGCCGCCAGCAAUAAUGUCACCAUGCCCAGCCGCAACUAUGCCAUCAUCGCCGAGUCACACACUCAUAGUGGAACCAACACUGCUGUCAAUGGCGUGACCGCUAAUGGCAUCAACGGCGUAAGCACGAACGGAGUCAACGGCACCACCAACGGAGCCAACGGCACCACCAACGGCACCGACCCAGAAUCCUUCGAGGCGCCCAAGAACCCCCGCGAGCCGCUCCACGCAGGCGAGGAGCACGCCGGCACCACCCACUCAGCCGCACAGGGCCUGAAGCGGACCGGCCUGGCCGGCGUGGACGGCUUGGACGUCACGAUCCGCGUGGAAAUCCACAACAACCCGAGCAGCAAGGACGGCGAGACCGAGGGCUACGGAAUCAGCAUUCCUGCGCUCGACGCUCGAGGUGCUGUGGUCAAUGGACAUGAGAAGCGAUAG